AUGGUCCGAGACUGCGACCCCGAAUACAAAUGGAUUGAUGGUGUAGAGUCCCUUGAGAGGUAUAGCCCCGGCGGCUAUCAUCCUAUAAUAAUCGGAGACGUGUUGCACGAACGAUAUCGUAUCGUGGAUAAGUUAGGAUAUGGCGGCUAUUCCACCGUCUGGCUCGCUCGUGAUGCCCUCCUAAAGCGCUACGUUGCCGUCAAAGUCAGCGUAGCGGACUCCCUCCCAAACGAGAUAAACAUCCUCCGAGCUCUUUCUUCCUCUUCGGUCGUAAAUCAUGGCUGCGAUUUGGUUCCUUCGCUCCUGGACGAAUUUGAAGUACAUGGUCCCAAUGGGAUACACAGAUGCUAUGUGAUGACCCCCGCACGAUGCGAUCUUAGGGAGAUUUCAUAUAGCCGUCUUUUCCCUCUCGAAGUUGCGCGGGCACUAUGUUAUGGUCUCACUCUAGCCGUUGCGUAUAUACACUCCAGAGGCUAUAUCCAUGGAGACAUCCAUCUCCGCAACGUAUUGCUUAAGCUCCCUUCAAGUUUCGAUAGACUUUCCAUUAGUGAAUUCUAUGAAGAGUAUGGUGAUCCUGAGACUGUCCCUGUUGUGCGCUGCGACGGGAAGGAACUUCCACCUAAUGUACCAGCAAUGGUAAUAAUGCCACUCUGUCUAGGCGAAGGCGCAGAGAAACUCCCGAUUUCUGACGCACGAGUGCUCCUCUCCGAUUUUGGAGAGUCAUUUACCCCGAUGUCAGAAGUCCGCCGAGGAGAAAGCUGCUGCACGCCAAUCGCUAUGCGACCCCCAGAAGCUCGUUUCGAACCCAAGGCGCCGCUCUCGUAUUCAGCCGAUAUUUGGAGUCUGGCUGUGGCGAUUUGGGAAAUCCUCGGCAUGAAAGCAAUCUUCAACGGUGAAUUCGCGACUGUAAACUAUGUAACGUCUCAGCAGAUUGAUGUCCUAGGACCCAUGCCGUUGAAGUGGUGGGAGUGUUGGGAGGAACGAGCUCAGUAUUUCGACGAGAACAAACAUCCAAAGAAUGGCCGGUAUAUAUGGCCUCCGAUUAACGAUGCAUUCGAGGAAGACGUGCAGAAGUAUCGUCGGAAACACGGAGUAGGCGAAUUUGACAGAGAGGAAGCAGAGGCUAUUAUAUAUUUGAUGCGUCGAAUGUUAGUAUUCCGACCUAAGGAGCGACCUUCAGCAGACGAUGUCCUCAAGUCGGAGUAG